AGCUCUGUAGUUCGGUCCCCAGCAGCGGCUGUGAGCCGCGCGGUGGGGACCGCGGGCCACACUCAGGCAGCGGGUUGGCAGCAGCAGUGGCUCCACCGUGAGAGGCAAUGCAGGCGCACGCUUCUUCUGGCUCGGAGCGCUUUACCCAGCUGCUGUAGGAGCGGGUGUGGAUCAGAGUCUGUCGCUCAAGACCGCUCAAGACUCCUUGGUCACGACCCUUGGCUCACUGCACCGCUCGUGGACUCCGGGGCGUGGAAGAGGAAGCGUACCCCGAGCCGGGCGAGGAGCAUGGGGAGAGCGGCCGCUGCAGAAGGAGGCGCUGGAGGGGCGCGCCGGUGGCUCCCGUGGCUGGGGCUCUGCUUCUGGGCGGCUGGGGCUGCGGCUGCUCGAGGAAACGACAAUGGUGAAGUCCUCCCUGAAUCCAUUCCAUCAGCUCCUGGGACACUGCCUCAUUUCAUAGAGGAGCCAGAUGAUGCUUACAUCAUCAAGAGCAACCCUAUUGCACUGAGGUGCAAAGCAAGACCAGCCAUGCAGAUCUUCUUCAAGUGCAAUGGCGAGUGGGUUCAUCAAGAUGAGCAUGUCUCUGAGGAGAGUCUGGAUGAGAGUUCAGGCUUGAAGGUCCGGGAGGUGUUUAUCAAUGUCACCAGGCAGCAGGUGGAGGAUUUCCAUGGACCAGAGGACUAUUGGUGCCAGUGUGUUGCAUGGAGCCACCUGGGGACCUCCAAGAGCAGGAAGGCCUCUGUGCGCAUAGCCUAUUUACGGAAAAACUUUGAACAAGAUCCGCAGGGAAGGGAGGUUCCCAUUGAAGGCAUGAUCGUACUGCAUUGCCGUCCACCAGAGGGAGUCCCAGCUGCAGAGGUAGAAUGGCUGAAAAAUGAGGAGCCCAUUGACUCUGAACAAGAUGAGAACAUUGAUACCAGGGCUGACCACAACCUUAUCAUCAGGCAGGCAAGGCUCUCGGAUUCAGGAAACUAUACCUGCAUGGCAGCUAACAUUGUGGCCAAGAGGAGGAGCUUGUCAGCAACAGUGGUGGUUUAUGUGAAUGGAGGCUGGUCUUCCUGGACAGAGUGGUCAGCCUGCAAUGUUCGCUGUGGUAGAGGAUGGCAGAAACGUUCCCGGACCUGCACCAACCCAGCUCCUCUCAAUGGUGGAGCCUUUUGUGAGGGAAUGUCAGUGCAGAAAAUAACCUGCACUUCUCUUUGUCCCGUGGAUGGGAGCUGGGAAGUGUGGAGUGAAUGGUCUGUCUGCAGUCCAGAGUGUGAACAUUUACGGAUCAGAGAGUGCACAGCACCACCCCCACGAAAUGGGGGCAAAUUCUGUGAAGGUCUAAGCCAGGAGUCUGAAAACUGCACAGAUGGACUCUGCAUUCUAGAUAAAAAACCUCUUCAUGAAAUAAAACCCCAAAGCAUUGAGAAUGCCAGCGACAUUGCUCUGUACUCGGGCUUGGGUGCAGCCAUUGUGGCCGUUGCAGUCCUAGUCAUUGGAGUGACCCUUUAUAGAAGGAGCCAGAGUGACUACGGUGUGGACGUCAUAGACUCUUCUGCAUUGACAGGUGGCUUCCAGACCUUCAACUUCAAAACAGUCCGUCAAGGUAACUCCCUGCUCCUAAAUUCUUCCAUGCAACCGGACCUGACAGUGAGCCGAACAUACAGUGGGCCCAUCUGUCUUCAGGACCCUUUGGACAAAGAACUCAUGACAGAAUCCUCUCUCUUUAAUCCUUUGUCGGAUAUCAAAGUCAAAGUGCAGAGUUCAUUCAUGGUUUCUCUGGGAGUGUCUGAUAGACCUGAGUACCAUGGCAAGAAUCAUUCUGGAACCUUCCCCCAUGGAAACAACCGCAGCUUUACUACAAUGCACCCUAGGAACAAAACACCCUACAUCCAAAAUCUGUCAUCACUCCCCACAAGAACGGAACUGAGAACAACAGGUGUCUUUGGCCAUUUAGGAGGGCGUUUGGUAAUACCAAAUACAGGAGUGAGUUUACUUAUACCACAUGGUGCCAUACCAGAGGAGAAUUCUUGGGAGAUUUAUAUGUCUAUCAACCAAGGCGAACCCAGCCUCCAGUCGGAUGGAUCUGAGGUGAUCCUGAGUCCUGAAGUCACUUGUGGUCCCCCAGACAUGAUUGUCACUACUCCCUUUGCAUUAACCAUUCCCCACUGUGCGGAUGUCAGUUCUGAGCACUGGAAUAUCCAUUUAAAGAAGAGGACACAGCAGGGCAAGUGGGAGGAAGUGAUGUCAGUGGAAGAUGAAUCCACAUCCUGUUACUGCCUUUUGGACCCCUUUGCAUGUCAUGUGCUUCUGGACAGCUUUGGGACAUAUGCCCUCACUGGAGAACCAAUCACAGACUGUGCUGUAAAGCAACUCAAGGUGGCAGUUUUUGGUUGCAUGUCCUGUAACUCUCUAGAUUACAAUUUGAGAGUGUACUGCGUGGAUAAUACCCCUUGGGCAUUUCAGGAAGUGGUUUCAGAUGAAAGACAUCAAGGUGGACAGUUAUUGGAAGAACCAAAGUUGCUGCAUUUCAAAGGGAAUACCUUUAGCCUACAGAUCUCUGUCCUUGAUAUCCCUCCAUUCCUCUGGAGAAUUAAACCAUUCACUGCAUGCCAGGAAGUUCCGUUCUCCCGCGUGUGGUGCAGUAACUGGCAGCCUCUGCACUGUGCCUUCUCCCUAGAGCGCUACACGCCCACUACCACCCAGCUGUCCUGCAAAAUCUGCAUCCGGCAGCUCAAAGGCCAUGAACAGAUCCUCCAAGUGCAAACAUCAAUCCUAGAGAGUGAACGAGAAACCAUCACAUUUUUUGCACAAGAGGAUAGCACUUUCCCUGCACAGACUGGCCCCAAAGCCUUCAAAAUUCCCUAUUCUAUCAGACAGCGGAUUUGCGCAACAUUUGAUACCCCCAAUGCCAAAGGGAAGGACUGGCAGAUGUUAGCGCAGAAAAACAGCAUCAACAGGAAUUUAUCUUACUUUGCUACACAAAGUAGUCCAUCUGCUGUCAUUUUGAACCUGUGGGAAGCUCGUCAUCAGCACGAUGGUGACCUCGACUCCCUGGCCUGUGCCCUUGAAGAGAUUGGGAGGACACACACAAAACUCUCAAGCAUUACAGAAUCCCAGCUGGAUGAAGCUGACUUCAACUACAGCAGACAAAAUGGACUCUAGUCCACUUCUUCUCUUCAGAGAGCAAUGGCCAGCUUCAGGACAUUUGCUUUAAAUGGGAAAGAGGCAGCUUUCUGCCCAGUGGCAUUUGGGGAAUUCAGCCUUCAUUUCCAAUGAGUGAGAAUCCCUGGUUGAAGUAACUAAAUUUUAUAUAGGUAAAAAUAUGUUAAUAAGGAAAAGUACAAGUGCUCUAAAUAUGAGGUCUGUGCUCUUUCCUCUGAAUCCACACUAGGAUCAGCACUUGUUGAACUUCUCAGAUUUGUAGUGGCAAGACAAAAAAAUAUGGGCAUAUCUAGAUAGAAGUGACUGGAAAAAAGAUGGCUAAGAUAAAGCUGGAAAGGCUGAGAUUGAAUAAAUGCAUGUUUUGAAACAGGUUUUUAAUGAUGUACCCCAAAGGGCCAGCUGAUUCUGGUACCAGAUUGUCAGUUUUCUACCAACUGGCAUAAACAAUGAUAGUGAUCAUUGUAUAACUGGCUUUUAGAAGUGAACAGAGUUGCCAACCCAUUUGUAUGACUUCAACAACAUUAAGAAGGGCAUUUAGAGUUUAGAAUCUGAGUAUUAUCAUCACACCAGCACCUACUCCCUAUCUACCUUAGCCACUUAACAGAAAUAAGAUUGAAAUGUAAGAUAGACCACACACUAGUUUUUCUUUAUAUUUUUAAAAUCUUUUUUGAAAGAUUUUAUUUAUUGAGAGAGGGAGAGGAGUUUUACUUCAGAUACAGAGUUGGACAAGCCACAGUACCACUCUGGUAGGUACAUUCAAGUUUGAUGUUCUGCCAGUUGAACUUUUUCCCCAACUGCCACAAACUAGUUUUUUCCAAUGGACCUUCACAUUCUUCCAGAAACAAAUCUAUCUACCCUUCUCCCCCCCCCUUCAGUAGAGGAUUCCAGGAGCAAAAUUAUAAACAAAUUUUUAUAUUGAAAAAUAUAAGUCAACUAAGCAGGACCAUCUCUUUUCCCAGCUACAUCACUCAAAAAUAAAGAGUCAAAAUCAGAUCCAAGGAAGUACAUCAGCUUCUGACAAGCUACAAUUCUAGAAUGCAGGUGUUCAUCCAUUUCCCCAAAACUGUUGGGGGGAUGUAGGCAAGAAAGGGAUAUAAGGGAUUUUGCUAUACUUCUUAAUCCAGGUUCCUAGCUUUUUGGUAUUGUGUUAUCACAAAAUCUCUCCAUAAGCGUAUAGGCCAUUCUCCUUUCACCUGUUGGAAAUUACUGGACAUUCUUUGCUUUGAAUGAUACUGACUAAAUCAACUUAAGGAAUACCUCUACCACAAAGUCCCAGAAAUCACAUGCAUUGUUCAAGGAGCAUUGAAGCUCUGUUGACUCAAGCUCAUGAAGUAUGCUUACUCCACUAGACUAUUCCCAUACUGUUUUAGGUUUUGUUUUUGUUUUACCAGGAAGUAAUGGUACUGUGGAAAAUUUGAAGUCCAGAGAUAUUUUAUCCAUUAACAUUUCAGCUCAUCACUUCUCUUAUUAAGUUAUUUUUGACAAACAGUCCAAGUCUUAAGAUAUACAAAUCUGCUCCUCCUUAUAUUCUAAUGGAUUUUUUUAAACUAGUGAUUUAUAAUCAGAUCAAGUGGAGUAAGGAACCAAGUUCACCAAGAAAUGAAUCUGUUACUUAGAUGUUGGUUUCAUUAGAAUAAAAAUGAAAACAGUCAUGGAAUGGGGAGGUGGGAAAUAUUUGUCAGUGAGACUAUAAUAAUUUUUUGACAAUUUUUAGAUUCCAUGUAAAAAUGUGAAAAUGUUUCACCUAUGUGAAAAAGAAAUAACAGUGAGUUGAAUUUAUUGGUAAAGCAGAGAAGAAUUCCUGAAUGUGUUAGUCAUUUCUCUGUGUGGUGUAUGAGGUUCCUUGUAUUUGAUAGAAGGAUUUUCUAUAUAAAAUUCAAGAGCAUUUUGCUUUCUCAGGAAUCAAAGUCAUCAUAUGCGGAAUAAAAAAAAUCCACUUAGAGCUGUCAAAUAUAUUUUCAAAAUAUCUAGAUCAUGAAAGCACCCUUUUACCAGUGCUCUCCACUUGUUGGUUCUUCUAGGGAGCAUGAAAAUGUAAGUCAUUUGACAUGCCUGACACAGUUUCAGAAAGAGAAAGAUGGUUGAUUUGGGCGGUAUGAAAAGGUAGUAUAUGGUAGCUAUUUAAUAAGAAGUUGUAGAAAAUGCAUGAUACAACUUACGUUAGUAUUUAUCUUGGAGAAAUUUUGUUUUAAACCAACUACCCCCUUUUUUUCUACAUAAAUGACCUUAUAUUUUAUUUAGUCUGUGAACCUACAUGGAUCCUUUAGAAUUUUGAUACUUUUUUAUUUUAAAACAAAUAAAAAUUGAGACAAUUUGUCCACAUAUCCCCUAAGUUUAAAGACGAAAUUAUCAAUUUCAUCCUAUGUGGUUUUUUUAUUUGAACCUGGGUUUUAUGAAUAGUUUCUCAUCACAUUACAUUGAGGAAUAAAGGAUUAAGUACUCAUGAUUUACCCUUGACUUCAUCCAAAAGGUCAAAUUCCUGUUUUAGUUCAUUUUAAUCCCUCUUUACAUUCCUUUCUUAUUUCUGUCUAUAUCUUUCAUAGGAUUUCUACAAAAUGUAUGAAUUCUGUGGCCACUGCAUGUAAGAUUAUGUAGUAUCUUAUAAUAAAAACCCUAAGAGAACCCAUGUUUGAGACUUAGAGACCAAGGUAUACACAGUAUGUGGGCAACAAAGAAGAACAUGAAAUUUUUAGAUCAGAUAGAGAUUUUUCCUGAUCAUUAGUUAACAUCUGAGUGUGUGGUUACUCACGUAACUUAAAGCCUUGUACCACUCAUAAUAUUGAUGUCUUGUAAUACAAAUGCUCCCCUUGAGAGAGAUGUACUAAUCAGUCCAAACAUUUAUUUAAAAUUGUCCUGGUAUAAAAUGAAGCAAGAAAUUAUAAUGGUCUUUAAAGCCUGUUAUACUACUUAAAAUGUUUAGACAAUAUCCCAUUGAAUGCCAGGUCUUUCAAUCCUCAAAGCAUUUCAAUCAAGUAUUAUGCUUUAAACAUGACUUAAAAUUGUGCCACCAAAACUGUGUGCUUCACAGCUUCCCCAAACUGCAGCAUCACAAACUUAAUUUACAGUUUUAAAAACACUGCUUGUGCAGUCUUACUGGUGUACAUAAAAAUCCUUAAAGCAAAAAAAAAAAAAAAAGGAGCUCACUCUGAAUUUAAAUACAAACUUCAUUUACUGAUACAGAAAGUCAUAAAACUCAAAACUCAGGUGUACUCCCAUAAACACUGUAUUGAUUUUUUUUUAAGAUCUGAACAGAAACUUGACGUUCUCUUUAAAGAGAAAUUUUUUUCUUUUGCUAUCAUUAUCUUCAACUAAAGGUGUUAUCCUUGUGAUCUUUUCAGUUGGCUUUUCAAGGUGAUAAGAGGUCAAAUUCCUAAAAUAGGGUUCUUUUUGGGUUCAGAGUUCUAGAUUUUAUCCAUUUUUUCUUGUCAGAAAUAUCAGAGUUGAUAAGCAGAGGUAGAAUAUCAAAGUUGUGUAAUUGGUUCUAAAUAGUACUUCCCACUUGCCAAAACUCUUGCCAAAUUCUACCUGUGAAUUUCAAAGUAUUAUGUUUUGAUGUUCUUUUAUUUACCUGUUUAUUAUUUUAUUUAAAAUUCUUAAACCUUCUGUAAAGGUGUUGAAUAAUCAUAUAUCAGAUAUGUUGAAGGUGAAGUUUGUUCAGAGGUCUUUGUUCUAGAUCUGUGAAGGUCGCAGGAACCUUACAGGAGCUGAGAUACAUGCUUCUCAGGCCCAGUAUAGGACCCAUUUUCAUUAUUUUCCCUCAUGAAAUGUCACAAGAGUUUUGAAUCAAUAUUAACUCCCAUUGAGUGGACUACAGGUGACAGCUACAUAAAAUGGGAGAGCAAAAUGUGACAAAAUUUUAAUAGCCCUCUCGUGUUAGUUGCCAUAGCACUGUAUUUGAAAAUCUGAUGCUUUAGCCAAAAGCUGAAUGGUCACCAUUUCCGCAGUUUUCACUGUUUGUCUGCAUAGAAUUUUCCUGAACUACAAACAAAAAUGUAUUUUGUCCACUGUCACAAAGUGAAAAUGUUACUAAUCUUAGAUGUGUUGCAUAUUUUGUGUUUUUACUUUCCAGACUCUUUCAAAAGCUACAGUUAUAAAGCUGUUUGGCUGUAUUGACAGCAUGUGGUGUUUUUCGCAAAAGCAAUUCUAGGAGAGCCAGUGUCUACCAUGGACUCCUCACAUCCCCUCUUCAGGGUCAUCAGCAAGACUGAAAUGGCAGUUUGUAUGGUGUAUGCUUUCCAGAGAUAAAAGGGGAUGGAAAUCAGACCUGGCUGUUAGUCACUAGUGUGUAGUGCUGUGAUCUGAAGUAGGAAUUUUUAACUCACAUAGAAUAAUUGUGGUUUUUGAAGCAGCUACUUUGCUUUUUUUUCCUUUUGCUGUGAAGAUCAUGGAUUUGGAAUGUCCUCAUGAGGUGGGGCUAAGACCCAUUCACCUUCAUGUCUUGGAACCUACCCUUCAUCUGAACCCAAAGAUUAAAGAAAGGCAGUAAGCUUCAUGUUUAGGCCUAAGAUUAAAGAUUUCCUCACCCCCUAGGAUUGAGUUCAAUGUGGAACAUUAUUUUUAUUUUCCAAAAAUGUUACAGCCUUGAAUUAUAAAAUCUAUCACUUAAUUUGGUCAUGUAAUUCUUUGUAUGAAAGGAUAUGUGUGUUAAAUACUUUAAAAAAGGCAUGACUUAACAAUGAAAGUGUUUCUUUCCUACAAAUUUUGCAACCCCCAAGAAGUAUUUCACAAUUUCAAGCAUUACUUACAUUCAUAAUUCACAAUUGGAAAAUUCUAUAAAUCACUUAAAAUUGAUAUGUUAAGUAGAGAUUUAACUUGUUUUGUGAAAUCAUGAAAGAUGGUAUUUUUGAGGAGGAGUUUGUAAGGAGAAUAUCCUACAUUCUGACCUUGUUAUAGAAACACAGACAUUACAAUCAGAAGUAGAUCUAAUAAUUCUAACAUCUCUCCUUCAAUGAGCUCAGAUGGUGCUGAAGGCAGAAAUAUCCUCUACCAGGACAUUUCAAUCAGAGCCACAUCUGAAAGUAUCUUAAAAAAAAAUCCAUCAGAAACAAUUUCCAAGGCUUUCAAAGGUUAUAUCAGUCACUCCCAAUCAAAACUUCUCCAUAAGAAGGUGGGAAAAACUGAAUUUUCUGUUCAGGAAAAUAAUUUCCUCCUUUCCUAAAUUAGAAUAAUAAAAACUUAGGAAUUCCCAUUAUUUAUGAUUUUAUCUAAUUAGUACAUGAACUUCAGGAAGUCUUGACCUAGAGGUAUUGCAAGUAUUAGCAAUUAGAGGAAAACUGGCAUAUUCUUCUGACCCACACAGAAAAUAUGAGUAAUUAUUUAACUUCAUUUCUGUAUGGAAGGAUUUUUAAAAUUUUGUUUUGUUCUGUUUAUUUUGGGAAUUGUGUGUGGGGGGUAUUCUUUCAAAUGAUUCAUAUCUCAAACCCAUACCACUCUUAACUUUUAUUUGAUGUGUUCAAAGCCAGAAAAAAAAAAAAAAGAAAAACAGAAUACUUAAUUUGACAUGAAGCUGAAGGAGUGAACAAGCCAGAGCUGAGAAUUUGAAUAAAGCAUGGCCUUGGCUUCAUACCACACUUUUUGUGCCUUGUAUUAUCAAUGUAAAUUCUGAAUGUUGUACAGUAAAUACUUGGAUGGACUUCUUAGAAAUGGCUGCACUGGCUUCUUUUUCAGCACAUGUACAUAUCUAUAAAUAUAUAUACAUAUAUAUUUGGUAAUGUCAAACAGCUGUGUUAUAUUGUAUUGAACAAAAUGGAUGGUUUGGAUGUUUUAUGUAGAGUUUGCAAAAAACUGAUGGUUACAGACUUUUCGAGACAAAUGUACAGAAGUAAAUUACUGCCUAUCAGUUAUUUAUGAAUAAAGAGUCUUUUAUUGACA